CAGAUAAACAGUUCAGUGCUGAAGGAGAAAGGACGGCAGAGACUACAGCAGCCUAAGCAUUCUUCUUCAGGUUUCCUUUCAGCCAUCUCUGCUUCUCAGCAUGGAAUUCUGCAUUGAACAAUGAGGCCUUGGGAGACUGCAGCCAUCCAAAGGACAGAACAAUUUCAUGCCUUGUGUAGUGGCCUUUCACUUCUUCUCAGACAAAGUGAAAUGGUAUUUAGGAGGUGAUACCUUUCCCUGAAGUCCAAAUCACAGACCUUUUGGACAUUGGCUAAGAAGUUUCAACACCCGGCUCGCCUUGGAAUUCUAACGGACUAUUGACAGAGACACCAUGUCGUAGGGCUUGCCGGGUUCUGCCAUCACUGAGUUGCAAUGGUUUUAUACACUGCCCCCUUUCCCAACAGCUUUCUGUCGGUUCUGCAUUCCUUUUCUUGGGCCCUGAUCUUCCCAUGUUACUGGCUAGCAGACCGACUUCUGGCCUCUUUUGUACCCACCACCUAUGAGAAGCGCCAGCGGGCCGACGACCCAUGCUACUUUCACGUUCUCUGCGUCAUUAUUACCACUCCCAUCUACUUGGCCCUCCUGGUUGCCUCUCUGCCCUUUGCCUUGAUCGGGUUCCUGCUGUGGUCUCCCCUCCAGUCAGCUAGGAGACCGUACAUCUAUUCCAGGCUAGAAGACAAAAGCCAGGCUAGCGGCUCUGCCCUUCUCAGCGAAUGGAAGGCUGCAGGGACCGGGAAAAGCUUCUGCUUUGGCACUGCCAAUGUCUGCCUGCUUCCCGACUCCCUGGCGAGAUUCAACAACGUCUUCAACACGCAAGUCCGGGCCAAAGAGAUUGGGCGAAGGAUCCGUAAUGGGGCCAGCAGACCCCAAAUCAAAAUAUACAUCGAUUCCCCAACCAACACCUCCAUCAGUGCAGCAAGCUUCAGCAGCUUGGUAUCACCCCAAGGCAGCGAUGGCCCCAACCGAGCUGUCAACAUGGGCAUUAAGAGGACGACAUCCAUGGAGUACAAGGGAGAUAACGGAGGAACAACGAACAGUGAGGAGAACAGAGACGCCAAAGCCGCUGCAGAACCGAAUGAGGGAGAAGACAGUGCCUGUAUCAUCCGCAUCGGUGGGGAAGAUGGAGCGCAGCUUUCAGACCCAGAAGUAGAUGCCCCCACUGGGCAGGUUGACUGUCAAGCAGAUCCUCCGCCAGAGGCUGAAACGGAAGGCCAGAAGGGUCAAACCCACAACCAUAAGCAGAAAGAAGGGGACUCCGGAAGCUUAGACAGCUACACUGCCUCCAGAGAGUCCCUUGUGAAAGUUCGGAUUGGAGACGGCACUGUGGACCAAAGCGCCAUUAACAACAAGUUGCUCUACAAGGCCUCUGUGAUCAAGAAGACCUCUGUGAGAAAAAAGAAGCAUACCGACGAGAUCUUCGACCAUGAGAUCUCUGCCUUCUUUCCUGCCAACUUGGACUUCCUAUGCUUACAGGAAGUUUUUGACAAAAGAGCAGCGGAGAAGUUGAAAGAGCAGCUCCACCACUAUUUCGAAUACAUUCUCUAUGAUGUUGGGGUCUACAGCUGUCACGGUUGCUGUAGCUUUAAGUGUCUGAACAGCGGCCUCCUCUUUGCCAGCCGUUAUCCAGUUCUGGAUGCUGCCUAUCACUGUUACCCCAAUGGACGAGGAUCAGAUGCCCUGGCCUCCAAGGGAGCUUUGUUUCUUAAGGUGCAAGUGGGAAGUACACCUCAGGACCAAAGAAUCGUGGGAUAUAUUUCCUGCACUCACUUGCAUGCUCUGGCAGGAGACAGUACCAUUCGAUGUGAACAACUGGAUCUGCUUCAGGAUUGGCUGGCUGAUUUUCGAAAAUCUACCUCCUCCUCCAGCACAGCCAAUCCAGAGGAGCUGGUGGCGUUUGAUGUGAUCUGUGGAGAUCUCAACUUUGACAACUGCUCCUCUGAUGACAAAUUGGAGCAACAGCACUCCAUAUUUACACACUACAAGGACCCAUGCCGUGUCGGUCCGGGGGAGGAAAAACCAUGGGCAAUCGGUACCUUGUUAGACCCAGAAGGACUCUACGAUGAAGAAGUGUGCACCCCAGACAAUCUGCAAAAGGUCCUGGAAAGUGACGAAGGGAGAAAAGAUUACAUCGUGUAUCCCACCAGUAAGAACCAUGGACCGAAUCAGAAGGGGAGAAAGAAUUUGGCAAAAGGAAGUGGCAGAAGGAUUGAUUACAUGCUCUACACGGAGGAAGGCCUCUACCUGGAAUGGAAAGCAGAGGUGGAGGAGUUCAGCUUCAUUACCCAGUUAUCAGGUCUGACAGACCACUUGCCUGUGGCGAUGCGCUUGAUGGUGUCCCCAGGGGAGGAGGACCCGUGAGACAGCCGAGCCCGAAGACAGCCAGACCCACAUCCUUGGGCCACAGAGGACUGUUCAGGUGCCACAUACACAUGACUGAAGAAGAGGAGACCUGGCUCUGCAGGAGGCCCCCGCCCCCCCCCCCUCCACCGGCAGCAUCAUCAAUCUCUCCCCAGAGCGCACUGGACCUCCCCCGGGAGGCCAUGUGUAAGGGGAGGGAUUGUGAUGCUCCAAACGGGAGCUCCUGUUGGAGUUGCCUUUGUCUCUACAGUUCUCACUGUGGGCUGACGGGAGCCACAAAGAUCGGGCCGGGGGAGGGGGCCAGGUUCCUUUGACCCAGUGUCAUCCUCACGAAAUGUGUUUUUUUUUCCUACUACUAUACAGCACAAUUUAGUUUGUAAUCUGUCUGUGCGUUAGUGCUGCUUAACGGGUUUGGCAUCGUUUCUUUGACUAUCUAUUUACGACGCCGACUGACGCGUCUGUUUUGGGUUUCUUCGUUUCUUUUAGCCUGCUAAUGUCGUUGUGGCUUGUCUGUGCUCACGCAUGUGCUCGGACUGCAUGCACCCUCUGGAGGUGAAAUAGCCAUUAAGAUAGCUGUGGAGUAAGACUAGAGUAAGAAUUCAAAACGUGAUGAGAAACGAGCCAAAGAAAUCCAUUCUGAGGCUGAGCCAAUUUUCUAUCUGUGCAGUGGGACUUUUAAGACAACAACAAUGACGCUUUGAUCCAAUUUCUAGGAAAAAUACUGUGUUCCUUUUCAGGGUCCCGAAUUCACGGGCCAUUAGAUUUAGAGAGAAAAGCAGUCCAACUCUGGGCUUGCUCUAUACCACGGAAUGCUUCGCUCUUCUUUGUAAUGGGAGACGAUUCCCUCUGGCAAUAUCUGACGUCCAUUUCCAGCCCUUCGGGCCGCCCGGCUAACAGCCUGCCAUUGACAUUGCCCCCUAGCUCAGUAGGGCAGCCCUGAAAUCGCCUGUGACAGAUGGCUCCUAAUAGGGCUAGUUACAGCACAGAGACGCCACGCUGCUGCUUCAGCGGACCAGUUGCGUGGCAAGGACAAAUCCAGAAGGCGGAUACCAUUUUCCUCCCGAAAGGAGGAGGAGAACUGAUACCGGGAGAGGGAGCGGCUUUCUGGAUGGGAAUAGUAAUGAGAACAAUCGUAAGACCUCUCCGUUGGAGCUUUGCUGUUUCAUUUUCUUCUGGCCAAACUGACGGCUUCUCUUCUCCCUGCGAGAACGGGCUUAGGUUCUCCCUGCCACCAGCCCGCUCUGGUCUCUGAGCCAUCGCCCCAGCGAACUCUCCCCAGAGACCGUACUGGCAAGAGGCGGGAUCCGCCCUCUCCGUCCUGCGCAUCACUGGGCGAUUCAGAGCAAAUCGCUUUUCUGCUCUGUGCCUCGGUUUACCCACAUGCCUGGUGGGCUGAUGGUUCCUACCUCACGAGCCCGGCUGGGGCCGGAGGAGGCAGCCGCAGAGGGGCCCGGCCAGGACGGCCCCACAGGCAGAUUGCCCUGCUGUGGAUCUCCGGCAGGGAAGCAGCUACUUCCUCGGAGAGAACAUUUUCUCCAGAAUGAGGCUGCCUGACUCUGAGCGGAGGGGCGACCGCCAAUUGGCUCCGGCUUCUACUCAACACCCAUUCCCACCCUUUCACAACAGUAACCCGGCUCCCUGUCGCUCAACGUUUACCUCCUUCCUUCCUGCGUGCGGCCGAGGCUGGUGCAGGUCUGGUGAAGGAGGGCGAGGCCCGGGCGGGAACUGCCAGGCCGUCCGGCCUGCCCAGCGAGCUUUAUCCUCCAAACACGCCAGACCACGGGCCAGCUUGAGGGGGCAUUUUGGCAACACCAAGCUCACCGCCAAAACCUGUCCCCCUCUGGCUGAGACAGGACCUGAGCGCAGGCUUGCCGGUGUCCAACACUAGCUCCCGGGGCUGGUGGCCCUCGAACUCCUCUGCGUCGGCCUGCCUGUCUGCACGGGUGGGCCGUGUGUGUGUUUGAGUGUGUACGCGCGCACGGUAGGUGUGAGGUGAACACGUGCGCGAGCGCGCGCGCACACACACACGCACACACACAUAGACACACCAGCAGGGAGCUCUGCAGGCAAAUGACUUUACCAGCCGCUUGCCUUUCCGGGGGUCUCAGCAAAAUCCAUCCUUAACGCAUCACCCACCCCCAACCCUGCUUUCCUUCUGGCUCAGGCUCUGAGCCGUCUCUAGUCUUUUGUCCGUUUCUGGCCGUUCAGCGCCCGCGGCCCCUAGAGGCGUGACUGGGGCUGAGCAGAUUAACCCCGAGGGGCAGGAUUGCCCAUCUUUGUCCUACACGUGCAGAUCAGGCUGAGACCCCAUUCCCAGAGCAGCUGGAGCCUGGGGGCCAAGGCCCUGCUCCCAUGCUCACACCUGCUCCGUGGGGCACUCACUGCCAGUCCGGCCUGUGACCUCUGCCCUCAAGCUGUCUUCAUCCAAAUGAUUUCCAGUUGAAACUGGGGACUACUCGCAGUGUCUUUGAAAGAAACAGCUGGGCCCGUUCCUCUGCCUUGGAGACAGGCGAGGAUAGGAUGUUCCCAAUUUUGAGGCCCGUCGUUUCUUCGAUUUAGACUCUCUUGGGGAUUUUUGGUGAUCACUCUUGAUAAAGUGAUUGUUCUUCACCCACAGCACCCCAAGCCCUUACUCACGACUGUCUUACAACCCCAACAAAACCCAUGGCCAGGCUGGGGGAUGGGGAAGGGUGGGGGAGGAAGGGGCUACCCGCAAUCCCCCUGUGCAAGUCCUUCUUGUUUUAGUGCAUCAACCCUGUGCCUUCUGAUGCCGUGAGCUGUUGGAAGAGUUGAGGACAAUGGGAGGGAGAUGCUGGAGCAGGCCACCCCAGAGCAAAGUGAACGGGAGGGUUGAGACCCAUCGCUCUGCAGACCGGAAGGACAUCAGAUGGUGGCCAGGGCAUGUAUCCAAAGACGCCUUAGCCCUUUACCCGGCAAUGGAGCUCGGCUCCUUUCACCGCUGCUGAGUUUGAGUGGAGGAGGAUCCCCAUCCCCCACCAUCUGCCGCCCCCCCCCCCCCCCCUCACUUCCAAACGAGGCUCUGGGCGGCGUUUGUGAAGGUGUGAGGGGAAAUUGGUUUUGAAGUUGGGCACAGAUCUCCAGGAGCAGACGCUCAAGCGCUCCAAGGCCUUUGAGCGCUAGAAGGAGGUAGCCCCAAGCCGAAUCGGCUCUUCUGAGCCUGUGGGUUCAGGGGCUCGGGCAGAGCCUGUUCUCCUGAGAGACUCAGCCUCCUCCAAGGGAGCUCAGACCCUUGGGGAGGGUCCUCUGAAUUGGUCCAGAAAAAUGUCGUGGCGGGGAGCAAGUUAUCUUCAAGUCAUCUCCCGUUCCCAAGCUUCAGGGUGUGCGGGAGAGGCUGUGGAGGUCUGUUAAGGUUUAUCGGGUGGGGGGGGAGGGGGGGGUCUCACUUUGGACUGGUCUCCCCGCCCCCCCACGAGGGCAUUCUCCCACCUGCAUAUACUCGGGUGAGCCCACCUACAGUGGGGAGAGAGCGGCCUCCCCAUGGGGCUGGAGAACCGAUCCCUAGAGGGUUUUCUUUUCCUGGAGCGGGUGGUCUCUACUGGGCAGAGAGUCUGUCGUUCUCAAGCCACCGUUCGUUACCACUGAGCAACCAGCAGCCAUCGCUGCCCAUCCUCAGAACCCUGACGGUCUGAGCGGUGGGAAAUUCUGAACCCCGAGUAUCCGUUCAGGCGCUGGCAAAUACUUGGGCCCUGACAUCCCUUCAGCUGGAGCCUCGAUGUACGGGAAGCUUUCAGAGAACCGGGAGAUUCGGACCUCUCCAAAGAGCAGCCUAUAGACUCUCUGGGAUUUUUGAUAUUCACGUAGAUCCGGUAGUCUGUGCAUGAAUCCUAUGCUUGUGUGGCCAUUCCGAAGGUGUAAGUGACCUAGCACAGGCAACAGUACACACCAGGUUAAGCUAUUGCUGUGAAGCGUCAUUCCUAUAUAAUGUGUGUUCAAAUGUAUACAUCGCUACACACCCAUGUCGCUGACUGUAGAUAUCGCCUUGCAGAUAGCCGUGGGCUCAGAGCCAGGUGUGGAGAAAAUGCUGAUUUUCCUCUCUGGGUAGCACAGGUGGAGGAGCUUGGGGUGAAGGUGGGCUGGUGGCAAACUGUGGGCUGGGAGAUGUUCCAUACUUCUCUGCGAGGCCGGACGGAGCACAGGGGCCGUCCAAGCGCCAUCCUGCUUGGCGCGAAGCCGUCGGUCCCAGUCGGAACGGUUUGUGGCUAGCGUGACUCGGUGGGUAGAGCACCGGUUGGGUCUCAGGAUGCCUGAGUCACUAGCUCCCUUCCCUAUUCACUGUGUGGCCUUGGGCAAGACCUCAAUCUCCCUGUGCCUCAGUUCUCUCUUCUGUACAAAGGGGACGAUGUUUGGAAAACCCCUGGUGGCCUUUGGCUCAACCACCCUCCUUGUCUCCCCAGCAGGGCCAUUGCCAGCGACCCUCUGCCAGCAAGCACCUGGCUCUCGUUUUAACCUUUUGAUACAAAUGCUCUGUGGUGUUCAGAGAUCACAAGUUCUUAUUCCAGAGUCCUCAGUGGCAAGCCAGCACCCUCCCUGGGUCACACCGGGUUUAGAAAGAAAGCCCGCAGACUCGCAUGGGGCUUGAUCCCAAGCGGAGUUUUCCAGUUUCGAUUGGAAAAGGGAAAAAAAAAAAAAUUGUCCAGCAUUCCCCCAGGCCUGGUGGGAAGGUUGCACCCCCUAACUUAACCCCACCCUGCCCCCACCCAUCUUGGGAAGCAGAGAGUGGGGGGAAAGAGAGGGAGAAAAAAGAGGGGAGAGAAAAAGGGGGGUGGGAGGGGAGGCGGGGAAGGAAAAGACUGGGCUUGGAUUCCCACAAUCCCCAGGAUCAAAGCAUUCUUAUGAGCCGUUCACCCAGACAGGUUAGAAAGGAAGCGUCCAUUGUCAUUUAUCCAGAACCUCUUGAGUUUGAACUAUGAAUAUUAAUCUUGAUGCUUUUUAAAUAUUGUCUUACUGCUAAUGUUUAGGAAUUCCUGUUAGAAAAAGAAAAAAGAAAAAAAAAUCCUUUUUUAUUUCAAUGAUUUUCUGUAUUGUAUUCUUCUGGGGCCUGAGGGGUUUUAUACAGUUCGCACACCUGACGUUUUGGUAAAAAUGUAUUGGAUACAUGUCCAUCUGUUUCUUUGCCUGUAAGAAACCAGUCUUACAUCUGAUAAAAUAUUUUGAAAAAAUGGGGGUAUUUCCUUUAUUGGUGCUGAAAGGAAUUCAUGGUGGCUGCAAAGGCAACAAUAAAGCUUCAAGGCUCAAAGGUG